GACAAGAGAGUAAUUCAGAAAAUUUCCUCCAAAAUAAUUCUUUCAUGGUAUCAGAGCCAAAACUCUAGAAAUUUUUCUACGACUACUGUUCACGAUCGCCCGGCAUGGCGUCCAUCGAUCGUUGCUCAGUUUUAGUCAGUUGUUGCUGUUGCCGGAUAACGGAACGGUCGACCGUUGCUCUAGAACGGUCGAGCACGUCGACCGUCCCGUCGGCAGAUUGUUUGAUUGAUGCUGCUGUUGAUUCUUCCGCCAACGCCGUACGCCACUCUGCUACCGCCAUGGCCGAUGAACAACCAAGGAAGAUGUUUUUCUCGCUAUCAUCGUGUGUUUCUAGUUUGAAGCUUUCAGGUGCAUCGCAUGAUACAGGAAGUACAAAUGAGGUUAUCUUUUAUGAUGAAGAUGAAGAACUGCGGACGGAAGAACAGAUGGACCGUUCCAGGAGGGACGGUCGACCGGAGGAAAGCAGCAGAGCAGACCGGCUACAGACGGUCGAUCUGAUGGACCGUUCUGAUGUCCACGGUCGACCGUCCGAAAGGCAGAAUGACGGGUUCCUGAGAGAUGACCAAACGGUCGACCAGGUGGACCGUUCUGAUAUCCACGGUCGACCGUCCGAGAGGCAGAAUGACGUUUCUUUGAGAGAUGAUCAAACGGUCGACCGUGAUGUGGAAGACGGUCGACCGUCCCCGAGGCAGAAAGUUAGCGAUCCGGAACCGCUUCAGACGGUCGACCCUGUGGACCGUUUCAAGGACGGCGGUCGACCGUCCUCUUCCCAGCAGACAGUGGAGAACUUGGGACGUGGUCAGCGUGAGAAACGUCCAAAUGUACGCCUUGCCGAUUAUGUUACCCAUGUAGCUGGUUCACAUGUUGGUGAAAAAUGCAAAUAUCCUCUUGCCUCGUAUGUCACGCACGAGAAGUUCUCUGACAGACACAAGUGUUUUCUCAGCGCACUUGAUGCUGGAGUGGAGCCCACAACGGCUUGGAGAACGAUGUCGUAUCCCAACGGCCCGUACAUGGCUUGCAACAACGGGACACCUACUACGAGGGUGUUGUUCAUGGAGGACAAUGAGAAGGUCGUGAGGGACCAAUCGAGGCCUCCUUUUUUGGCAAAGUUGGCCCACAGGGCAAGAGCGACAAUGACUGCCGAUUUCGUGACAAUGUCUGAGGCAAGGAAGGGAUAGUCCAUAUG